AGCGUAUCGUUUGAGAGGACUAAUUGGAUGCUCAGCAAAAAGGCAGCGGUGCUUGGUUCAGUGGCUUAGCACUUCACCGAUGGUCAAGAAGGGGUUACGUUGCGGAUCCAGCCAUCCACUGCUCCCUGAGGCGCCCUCCUUAUCGUGAGUGUUCUUGUUACUCGCGCGUGGUUAACGAACGUGCGAGCCGUUUUCUCGUGCAGGACGCUGUUCCAGAGGGUCUGUCUCGGGUCCAAUAUGUCCGAUAUACCUCAUGUCUCGAAUUGGGUCGAUGGUGUCCACACUUCAGAAUCGACAGAACGGAUCACGGUAUUGAAUCCAGCGACCGAGGCCAUCAUCGCUACCAUUGAUGCGACCACUGAAGCCUCUGUCAACCAAAUCGUUCAAAAAUCUGUCGACACGUUCAAAAAAGGCCCCUGGGCACGCUCUGAUGCCUCAGAGCGGUAUGCAGUGCUAUCAAGGGCAGCAACGCUGCUUCGAGCCAGGAUACCCGAAUUUGUCGAAUUAGAAACUGUACAGACUGGACGUCCUAUCCGCGAAAUGCGAGCUCAAUUAGCCCGAGUGCCGGAAUGGUUGGAGUACUUUGCCUCUCUAGCACGAGUCUAUGAAGGUCGAGUCACGCCUUUCAAGGGACCAGUAAUUAAUACUCUAACUCGCUUACCGCUCGGCGUUGUCGCCCAAAUCACACCAUGGAACCAUCCGUUGCUGAUUGCAAUGAAGAAGAUCUCGGCAGCACUGGCCGCAGGAAACGUGGUCAUUGUAAAGCCUUCCGAGCUUGCUCCUCUGUCCGUGUUGAAGAUGGGAGACCUAUUCAAAGAGGCAGGUCUUCCCGAUGGUGUCUUGCAGAUCAUCAACGGCUACGGUCGGGAAACAGGGAAGUUCUUGUGUGAAAGUCCAUUCCUAUCCAAGAUCGACUUGACUGGAGGGAUAUUGACUUACAAAGCGAUUGCCCCCAUUGCUGCACUAAACAUGGUUCCGAUAACUGCUGAACUGGGCGGAAAAGCACCCGUAUGCUUGUUUCCCAGUCUUGAAGUCGAACAAGCGGUCAAAGCGGCACUUUUUGCCAGCUUCAUUGCUAGUGGGCAGACUUGUGUAACUGGGAGCAGACUCUUGGUGCACAAGGAUAUCUAUGAGCCAUUUUUGAAACUACUAGUGGCGAGAGUCAAACAGCUACGCUUAGGUGAUCCGCAGGACGUCCGCACACAGAUCGGUGCGGUGAUUUCCAAGGCCGCGGUCGAGAGAUGCGAGGCAUUUGUUGAACGAUCGAGGAAGGAGGGAGAGAGAGUGUUAUGUGGCGGCAAUUCAACAAGCCUCAACAGCAAAGGCUUUUUCUUUGAGCCCACUAUUAUCGAAACCCGUUCAGGGACGGAUCUCGCGUGCAACGAAGUCUUUGGUCCGGUCAUUGCAGCAAUCAAAUGCGAGUCGGAGGAUGAUAUCAUCCAAAUCGCCAACACCGACACUUCCUUCGCGUUGGGUGCUUCGGUGUGGACCAAUGACUUCAAUCAGGCUCACCGUGUUGCCCACAAAAUUGAAGCGGGUAUUGUCUGGGUGAACGGCCACCAUCUGAAUGAUCCAUCGUCGCCUUGGGGCGGGUUCAAAGAGAGCGGUGUCGGCAAGGAAAACGGACAGGAAGCCUUCGAGAGUUACACCAAGCUCAAGAGUACUGUAAUCAAUUACGGCAUUCAGCCAACAUGGUUUGAUCCAGAAAUUGAAGGUGCAAGAUAUGGGUAGCAAGGCUGAAUGUUCAAGCCCGGCAGGUGCUCCGGGGCCUGAACCCUGGAACAAUGUAGACACGCACUGCUGCGGCAUCAGACUUCGGAAGUCCAAAAGAGCUCUUCCAGCUUCACAUCCGUAGAAGAAGAAUAGCUUAGAGAGGCGUCCGUGGCCGUCGUAUUUAUCAAUAAGCAUACCUGGCG